AUGAAAGACGAAGUAUUGAAAUUCCCUCAACUGACAAAAGUUAAGAAUGACUAUAAAGAAACAACAUUUGAAGGAUUAUCACCAAAUGAAUCAGCCGCUACAGGUUCUGGAUUCACUCUGAGACGUGAAACUAGUGGUAUUGAACUAGAAAAUUUGAAUAACAAUGGUACACAAGAAGUUUCAAGCUCAGAAAUUACUAUUGUUCAUGAAGAUUUAGAAUUCCCUGAAGGUGGAUUGAAAGCAUAUCUUGUUGUAUUUGGUUCUUUUAUGGGAUUAGUCCCUGUUUUUGGUCUUUUGAAUUCAAUAGGUGCUAUUCAAGCUUAUGUUGGUACUCAUCAAUUGGCUGAUGUCUCAUCAUCUUCAUUAUCAUGGAUUUUUUCAAUAAAUUUGUUUAUUGCAUAUUUUUUUGGUAUAUUUGCUGGUGUAUUCUUUGAUAGAAAUGGUACAAGAACUUUAUUAAUCUUGGGUUCCCUAUUAUUCACUGGUGGAUUAAUGGCAACGGGGAAUUGUCAAACUGUUUAUCAAUUUGUUUUGGCAUUAGGUGUGGUUGUUGGAUUAGGUUUAGGAAUGUUGAUUUCUCCAUUAGUUGGUGUUGUAUCUCAUUACUUUAAGAAAAAAAGAGCUACUGCUGUUAGUAUUGCUACAAUUGGUGGUUCUGUUGGUGGAAUUGUUAUGCCGCUAAUGCUCAGAUCUUUAUAUCCAAAAGUUGGAUUUGCAUGGGCAAUGAGAAUUUUAGGAUUUAUGUGUAUGGGAUGCUUUUUAUGUUCAAUAUUAUUUGCAAGAGAAAGAAUCUCCACAAAGAAGGAAUUAGAAAAAGAGCAACAGGCAGACAACUCAGAUCAAGUAACUAAUACGCUAGAAGAUAAUAAUAAACCACUAUCUUCUAAAGAUUUGUUCAAAAUUUAUAUCUCUGAUGUUCUGGAUUAUAAAUCAUUAUUUGAAAUUAAAUUCAUAUUUUGUGCAUUAGCAAUAGCACUUGUUGAAUCUUCAUUAAUUGUAUGCUCAGUUUAUUAUCCAUCAUAUGCAAUCAAAAGAGGUUUUAAAGAAGAAACUUCAUAUCUAUUAGUCACUGUGGUUAAUACAACAAGUAUCUUGGGUCGUUAUAUUCCUGGAUAUAUAGCAGAUAAAUUCUUAGGAAGAUUUAACGUUGCCAUAUUAACACUUGUGGGUACUGUCCUAGUAAGUUUCACAAUGUGGUUACCAUUUGGUUAUAGUUUAAAAGUUCUUUAUGCAUAUUCUGCAUUGUAUGGAUUUUGUUCAGGUUCUGUAUUAUCAUUAUCACCAGUUUGUUGUGGACAAAUCUCAAGAACUGAUCAAUUUGGGAAAAGGUAUAGUACAAUGUAUUUAAUUGUUUCAUUUACAAUGCUUACUGCUAUACCAAUUGGUGGUGCUAUCAUUGGUAAAGGUUCUAUUGGGAAUUAUAAUAAUUUUAUUAUAUAUUCAGGUAUGAUGAAUGUUGCAGGUAUUCUUUGUUAUUUGAUAUCAAGACAUGCUUGUGUUGGUUUCAAGAUGUGUAAAUUUUAA